AUGCCAAGAGCUCCAAGAACUUACUCCAAGACUUACUCCACCCCAAAGAGACCAUACGAAUCUUCUCGUUUGGACGCUGAGUUAAAGUUAGCUGGUGAAUUCGGUCUUAAGAACAAGAGAGAAAUCUACAGAAUUUCUUUCCAACUGUCCAAGAUCAGAAGAGCCGCCAGAGACUUGCUUACCAGGGACGAAAAAGACCCAAAGAGACUAUUCGAAGGUAAUGCCUUAAUCAGAAGACUAGUGAGAGUUGGCGUUUUGUCCGAAGACAAAAAGAAGUUAGAUUACGUUUUAGCUUUAAAGAUUGAAGAUUUCUUAGAGAGAAGACUGCAAACUCAAGUAUACAAACUAGGUCUGGCCAAAUCUGUCCACCACGCCAGAGUUCUAAUCACUCAAAGACACAUUGCUGUCGGUAAGCAAAUCGUGAACAUCCCAUCUUUCAUGGUCAGAUUAGACUCUGAAAAGAACAUUGACUUUGCUGCUACUUCUCCAUUCGGUGGUGCCAGACCAGGUAGAGUUGCCAGAAAGAGAGCCGGCAACGCUGCCGCCUCGGAAGAAGCUGCGGCUGCAGAAGAAGACGAAGAAUAG